AUGAAAACAGCAGUUUUCUAUUUACCGGAAGAUCCAAUAUAACUUUUUGACGAUGUUCUAACUCCUGCACUUUACACUGUAAAAAUACAAUUCCAAGGUCAACUUUUGAAAAGACAUGCUCAAAAUUUUUUCGAAUAUUCCGACACUAAUGAAAAGGAUAUAAUAUGGUUGAUUGCACCAACUAUCCAAGCAACUGGACUUGGUCGAUUGUUUCCUUGUUGGAGUGAAGCACAUUUAAAAGUCACGUUCAAAAUGUCUAUGAGCCAUCAUCGCAAUUAUACUGUUUUAUCCAACAUGCCGGUACAAGCCUAUGACACUACUGAUAAAAAUUAUUGGUGGACACACUUCCAUGUUACUCCCCCAAUAUCCACUAUGCAAAUUGCUAUAGUUUUGACCACUUUCUCUCACAUUCGUAUUAACGAAAACAUCACAUUGUGGUGCGAAAAAUGUUCAGAUCAACAAUCUGGGAACUUAAAGUUCGUAAAGAGUCUUAUAGAAAAUAUCACGUUGCAUUUGCAAUCUGAAUUUGGUGAAAUAAUUAUUCCAAAAAUGGAUCACGUUGCAAUUCCAAAUUUUCCAUAUGAUGUCACGUCUAAAUGGGGAUUAAUCUUUCACAGAGAAGCAGAUCUUAUCUAUGAUGAACAAGUAGAUACAGUUAUGCGCAAGAACACAAUCGCACGUUUAAUAGCGCCUAAAAUAGCAUAUCAAUGGUUCAGUAACGUACUCAGCAUGUCUUGGUGGUCUCAUUUUUGGUUGCACGACGGUCUUGCUACUUUAUUUGGGGAAGAAGCUAUUGUUAAGAUUUUCAAUAAACCUAAAUUAAUGGAUUUCUUUGUAGUACAAAGUCUAUACGAUUCUUUACAUUUAGACUCUCAUAUUAAUAUAAAUCCUGCUAAAAUUAAUAAUCUUACGGAGAUUGAUUCAAUUUUCAGUUUUCCUCGGAGCAUGAAAGUACUGGUCAUUUUACGGAUGUUCCAAAAUGAAAUUUCCACUGAAGUUUUUCGGAAAAAUGUCCUCACAUAUCUACGGAAGCAUAUGUUUAGCUCAAGUGGUUCUUAUAAAUUCUCGCCGAUACACGAAAUCUUAGAGAGGAAAAAUUCAUAUAAUAUAUCAAAUAAAUUCCUAACUUGGAUAGAAAACGAGAGAUACCCUGUUGUGAGAUAUAAACAAGAAACUCAUUGGCAGGGAAAAAUGUGGCAAACGUACGAUGAUCUCGUGUAUUAUGGAAAAUGGUGGAUACCUGUAACUACAUAUUGUCCAUAUUCAUCUAAUGAAACCAUAAAAAUAUGGUUAAGCCCAAAAAAACCAAUUGCUCCUGUACCAUAUAUGGAUUUUCCCAAUACUAUCAGAAUGAUCAAUUUUGAGCUAGCCGGAUAUUUUCGUGCCAAUUAUGAUAUUAAAACCAUGCAACACAUUGUAUUUGAAUUAGAAAAUAUGAAUAAAGUUUAUGGUCAACCUAUAAGUGCCAUCAAUCGUGCGAAAAUCAUUGAUGAUAUGUUUCAUUUCAUGAUGGAACGUCAUCUCAACGUAUCUGUAUUUUGGAACUUCACACGAUACUUAUCGAAAGAGACAGAUUAUGUGGCGUGGUAUCCGAUGAUUAAAAUAUUUGAAUAUAUGUCGACUAUGAUACCAUUUUCAGUCGAGGAAGUUAAGUACAUCAAUAUUAAGGAAAAAUUUUGGGAAUUGGUUGAUAAACCAUUAAAGACACUAGGGUUUGAAGAAGAUUCAAUGGAAGAUGAUUUUACUAAAUUCUUACGACAAGAAAUCGUAAAAUGGGCAUGUACGUUCCAACACCAAAAAUGCUUACAUACAAUUUACGCUAAAUUAGAAGCGCAUCUCCAGGAUCCUAAGAAAUAUCGAAAUUCUAGAUUUUUACCAGGAUGGAGGCAGUGGACAUACUGCAAAGGUUUAUCAGUCGGUCAUAAUUUUAUGUGGUUCAAUUUAAUAAAUAUAUGGUUUAAAAACUCUCAACCAAACAAUUACGAGCUGUUACCGUACUUAAUUUGUUCUGGUUUAAAUGUAAAUAAUAGUUUAUUAUUUAUAGCACAGUUUAUUCAAGGCAAGAGACAAGAAAUUGAAUCUUACAAUCGGACUUACAUACACAUUUUUCAUUCAAUUAGUACUAAACUUGCUAUCCAAUAUGACACCCUUGAACGGAUGUUAAAAAAGCUUAACGAUAUAAAACCUAAAGAAAUCAACAUACUAACAGCACUAGGUAAUAUUAUCAACCAUAUGUAUUCUAAAACUAAUCUUAGGAAGGUGAGUAAAGUUAAUCCAAAUUCUAUACUCAUUUAUUAG